AUGAGCACCGACGACCAGACGGUUGUUAGCGGGAGCGAAGAUCACACGUUGAGGGUGUGGGACCUCAAGAAGUUGAAGCAUAAGGCUUGUCUGACCGGACAUGUCAGUGGUAUCACUUGCGUUGUGAUCAGCAAGGACGGGCAGACAGUCAUCAGUGGAAGUGACGAUCGGACACUGAGAAUCUGGGAUCUUGCGUCGACGCUGCAGAAGGCGUGUCUCACUGGUCAUAACGAUUGGGUCAGUAUCGUCGUCAUCAGCAAAGACGGGCAGACAGCCGUAAGCGGGAGCUGGGACAAGACGAUCAAGGUGUGGGACCUCAAGGAGAUGAAGGAGAAGGCUUGUCUGACUGGUCACACUUAA